GACGUGCCAUGCCGUAGCGUGUUGUUCCCGUGCGAUCGUGCGACGUACGUACCCGUGCGGCUCCGAUCGACCGGUUCCACGGUCGACCCGCUCUAAAGAGGGAGGAAACGGGGGGAAAAGUUUCGGUGGAAAGAGAGGAAAAAAAAGAGGAACAACGGAGAUCCGCUCUAAUCGCCCCGCUAAUUAAUUACCGUAUCGAGUUGACUCAUCCACGGAGCGCGCACGCAAUAUUUCAAUCGCGACGUGCUCUCCCCGACUUUCUAUACACUUGUCCGGCGCACCUUCGUCGCGAUCAAUCUUCUCGUCAGCUGUCCCUCGCGCCUGUUCCUCAAGAAUUCGAUCUACGGGCCGAUACGAGGAGCGACGGCGUUACCAGCGGCACCGCAACAAGGAGGAAGAGCCGGAAAAAGAAAAGUGAGAGAGAGAGAUACGCAAAAUUUCACGCGGCGACGCCUCGACCGGACGGCGAUCAAAAAUUGGCUGGCCGAGUCCACGACUUCCGGUGACGUAAAUUGGAACGUGUUUCCUUCAACGUGUUCUACACGGCAGUUUGUAUCGCAAUCACGUUGGUUUCCGGCCCGCGAGGAAGAGAGUGCAAGUGCGCGGUAAAAAGAGAAAAAAAGAAACGAAGCUACCUCUCCGCGAGAAACUCUUCCUGUCUCGUGCGCGGCGCGAGUGCGAUCGCGGGCGUAACGCGGAAAAUCGUAGACGUAAUAACAACAAUUGAUCUUACCCCAUUAUUCCCGACCGUACGGUAUACAUAAUAACAAUCGAUUUUCCCAUAUUAUCCCCGGGCGAGCGGCGCGUAAUAGCAACAAUUGACUUUCCCGCGUGCACUAUCUCGGAGUGAAAAUCGCUCGCGGCGCGUACGAUCGACGCGUCCCCGAAAGAUAUGUCACGUUCGCUCCGUGCGCCCCGAGCCGAGCAGCGCGCGGAUCCGUGCGGAAGAGUUUGAGUCGGAUUCUUCCCCCCCCGUCCGCGCGGUUAUGCGCGGAAUCGAUCGCGCGAAGCAACCCCUCGAUCGCGGCAUCGCUUAUGCCCCCGCGACACUAUGUGAUAAACCGGGGUGCGCGUGCGAGUGAGCGUGGAGCGGACGUAUAAAUGUCUAUUCGCCCGCGCGACGAGGCUGAAGGAAAUCCGGCGGCAAGGCGGGAAGGGAGGAGGGCAGUCGAAAGCGCGCGCGCGCGCGCGCGUUCUUUUCAUUCUUGGGAUUCCCCGCUCGAUUAAUCGCGGCUCGAAUGAGCUUCUCGCGCAUGCACCCGUCCACGUGACCGCGCGCCUACGUCUUCAAACGUGAGCCGCGUAUACGCCGGGUCCUACGUUGCGGCGCCCCCCCCCGAGGCUUUUCUCCAGGGACACCCGGAUAAGCGGAGCACCGCAGCUAUGAGGCGAACGGCGCUCGUUAUCGCCUGCGUUUUGGGCCUCGUCCUCGCGGGAAGUCCGAGGCUGCCCCGAACGUCCGCCGAUCAGCGCGGCACGCGCAGCACGAGCCACAACAGCACCGGCGCGACGUCGCAGCCGUCCUCCCGCAAUCUGCAGCGAAAUAGAGAGCAAUACCUUUUCAACGUCUUCGAAGUAAUAGUGUCAACUUUGGAGUCCAAGUUACAGCGAAUCGAGAAUUUAGAUAAGGCGGUGGAGCACCUGAUGAGAAGAGUAGAGGCUUUAGAUUCACGCGUAAACGAUAACAUUGACAAGACGGAUGCGGUCAUUACCAAGCUUAGGACGUUAGACUUGAAGCUUUUCAAUGCGUAUCCCAUGAUAUCCGCGGAGGCCGCGACGAGAAUUGCCGAUAGCAAGAGCGGCAGCACGGAGGAUGCCCCAUUUAUACGUGUGAUUCAUCACGAUCAAAACGAACCAGCGCCGGAGACACUCGGCGAGAAAUUAAUUUCCCUGGACCAGAAGGUCUCCGACAUCGACCACAAGCUUGUCAAUCUUAAGAAUCAGCUCGACAACAAUUUCUUGCAAAACGAUGACAUAAACGCCGAGGCGAGCGAGAAGAAGCCCGUCAGUAUGAGCGUCAUCGAGAUCACCAAGGCUAUGAGUAACGAGGUGAUGAACCAUAUGACGCUCGGGAUUGAGAAUCUUAAGCAAGCGACGGGUAGUAUGGACCGAAAGCUGCAGUUCCAUAUGAAUCUGAUGUCGGACAAUCUCGGAGCGGUGUACAAUAUGAUCAGUGACGUGCACGACGCUAUUGUCGAGAAAAAUUACGGGAACAAUCGGCACAAUCGUCCUAACGCGACAACGACCGAGGCCCCGACGAAGCACAAUAAGAUCGACCGUCUUGCCGAACAAAUGUACCCGAUAACUGUCGUUUCCGAGAAGAUGGACCAAGUUUGGAACGUGGUGGUGGGGACCAAGAGUUCGGUGGACGAUCUGCUGCCGAAGUCCGACGAAUUGCUCACUCAGACCCAGAGGCAAGAGAGAGCGAUUAACGAAAUUCAUGCCGAUCUGAAGUCGAAGACAAACAAGAUCAUCGAAAACCUGGAGGGCGUCGAAAGCCGCUUGAGGAAGCAGGAGGACGAUGUGGCAACUCUCGCGCAACGCCCGAUACCAGCUGAAUUGUUACUGGAUCCGACAAUCGACAGGCUCGUCGAAUACGACCCAAGCAGGUACGUGAGUGUGACUGAAGAUUUUGUAACGGAGGUGCCCACGUCUACGCUACCCACUGUCUCGCCGCCCUUGUCGACUACGACAUCGAUGUCGUCCGUCGCUUCACCCUCGAGCAAUCCCACUAGUUCCACGACACCCAUGACGACAACGUCUUCAAGUACCGCGAGACCGAAUAGCAGAAAUCGGGGAGUGAUAUUCCCGAGUGUUAAAAACAAACCGAGUUUAUCCAAUUCUACUUUUACAAGCGACAUAUUAAUCAACUAUAAGGAUAUCAAGGGUUAUUCUUGCAUCGAUUUACUAAACGGAGGAAUGAGAGACAGCGGGGUAUAUUACCUACAAAUACGCGGUACGACAUAUUGGUUCCUUAAAGUCUUUUGUGAACAGGAAACUGCUGACGGUGGCUGGACGGUUAUUCAAAGGAGAGAUGAUUUUGGAGAGCCAAGGGAGAACUUUAAUAGAGAUUGGGCGGAUUAUAAAAACGGAUUUGGGGAUCCCGCCAAAGAAUUUUGGCUAGGCAAUGAAAACAUAUAUAUGUUAACAAAUAAUGAAGAUUACAUGCUCAGAGUUGAACUUGAGGACUUCGAAGGUAACAAAAGGUACGCACAGUAUUCGCAUUUUAAGAUUUAUUCAGAGGGAGAGUAUUAUAAAUUGGAGAUAGAUGGAUACGAAGGAAAUGCCGGAGAUUCACUCAACGAUCCUUGGUACGGAUCGAAUAAUAGUCCGUUCUCCACGUACAACAGGGAUAACGACAGAUCAUCCUUGAAUUGUGCUUCGAUGCUCAAGGGUGGUUGGUGGUGGAAAUCUUGUGGACGUGGCUUAAAUGGUCUUUAUCUGAAUGAUCCACAAGAUCUUACUGCACGACAAGGUAUCGUAUGGUUCCGCUGGAGAGGUUGGGACUACACUCUAAAACGAGCAAUGAUGAUGAUUAAACCAAAAGGACCAUCAACAACGACGACAACAACGACGGUAUAAACAUUGGAAUUGUAUAAAGUUCGAAACGUUAACUUAAUCGAAAUUCCUUACGCGAUCAUUAAAUAACAACCUUGCACAUAGUACUUAAAUUAUGUAUUACAAACGCAUAAACACGCUAUUAAUAUGGAA